AUGCUGGCGCUGUGGACUUGGCGCUCGAGCGUCUUGAGGAGACGCAGCCGAAAGCAGCUGCAAGUUGCUGAGAUCGGCAGCCCAGCAGUCCUAAAUGCAGGGUGCCGCUUGCUUGACACCCAACGAGCUGAGUUGGGUGUGAGGCUGAUAGCCGGCAUUGCCCACAGAGGUCAUGAAGCCUGCAUCUCGCACAUCCUCCGCUGCCUUGAGCAAGGUGACGAGGCGGUUCGCCAGUCUUGCGUGCGCGCCCUUGGAUCGCUCACAGAACCAGGUAAUGACAAAGUCAAAGCUAUUCUCCUGGACCGGCUGCAAGACCCAGACAAGGAAGGCUUCCUCAAUGUCAGGAUCGAGGCCUUGCGCAGCUUGGUUCAGAUUGUGCCGAAGGAGGAUCUGGAGGUCUUGUCGGCUGCUGUUGUCCAUGUCCUUGACGAUGCAAACUGUUACACCCGAAGAGCCGCGAGUGAAGCGAUUCUGCAACUGUUGGAUGCGCGAUCCAGACAGUCUGUUAUUGGCUUGCUCUGUGUGGGGCUGGAGGAUAUUGUGCUAAAGGAGGACUGGCAGUUGUGCUUCGACUUGCUUUCGAAGCUCGCCGGACAUGCAAAUGGCAGAGAGAUUGACAUGUUGGUCGGCAGCCUCUUGCCACUGCUGAAGGCAAGGAAUCCGGAUGUGCAGCGGUCAGCUUCCAUUGCUCUGCUUCCUCUUGUGCUCCCCGAAGCAGAUGCUGCCAACAUGCGGAGUCGUCUUCACGAGCAAGGGUUCUUGGUCCCCAGCGACAUCCUGGACAAUCUGGGCAGAUGUGCUGCGGACCGGCUUCGUGAUUCUGCUGCCCACCCACGGGAGGCCUUCGGAGUGAGUUGGCCUCUCAGGCGCCCAGAUGGCUCGGAUGUACAGGAUCCCGUGCUGGGGAAAAUCUGUUCGCUCUAA